AUGACCAAGCGCCCGCUCGACGUGCAGGCUACUGAGGACUCGACGUUCGUCGAGUCGACUACGUACACGGACAAGGCGCUACCGGAAGGAUGGAAGAAGGUUUCACACCGAUCGGGCCUGACCUGCUUCCUGCACGAAGCCUCCGGCGUCGUGACGUGGACCGAGCCUUAUGUCGUCGAACUUAGUGACGCAGCCAGCGUUAGCACAGCCGCAGCGACACACGUGCCUCCGCUCGACAUCUUUGCGUCCGGCUGCGGCAUGCGCCAUCCAGAUCGCAAUCGCCCGGUGAAGAUGGUCCAAGCCGACGCUAUCAUUCGGCGCCUCAGCAAAACAGUUCUUGGCGACCGGGAGCCAACUGUAACCCCGAAUCCGGCGCCGGCUCCGAAACCCACCGAGCAGCCGAGUUUGGACCCGCGCAAGAGGCUCAAGGCCAAUCACCAGAAUGGCGCGUCGACGCCGUCACCGCCGCGCCGCCCGACAAAGCAAGAAGCCAAGAGCGGUAGGCCCAAGAUCGUUCUCAACGGCGUCACGGUCGACGAGCCGACGGGGAAGACAGCGAUGGCCUUCUUACUCGACUAUGCAAAGAACUGGGUGGAUGCGAUCCCAGAGUACGAGCAGACCAACUCGACCAGUAGUGACGCGCCGUUCCGGUGCAGCGUGGCGAUUGGCGGCCGAGAGUACGGCCUCGCCGACGCGUCCUCCAAGCAGCUCGCGCGACAGAAGGCAGCCGAAGCGGCGCUCGAGACGCUUGUACCAGGCUACUGGCGCACGCUCAAGAGCGGCGGUGCGACGCACGAAGUCGACACGAUGGCCGCCGAGCUCUCGGCAGCGCCGACCUUUACGCUGGACCGUUUCCAGCCUUUACUGAUCGACGACCGGCUCGUGCUCCAAGGCUGCAUGGACCUCAGCGUCAAGACGCCGGCGCAGCUUCUCUCGGAGUACGCGACACGUCACAAGGGUAUCGCGAUCAACUACACGCAUUUCAACGUCCCGUUUGCGACCGACCGCAACAAGUUCAAGGUCGUCGCGUCGACGGGCAAGCACUCGGCCGAGGCAGUCGCGCCCAACAAGAAACUCGCCAAGCAAUAUGCGGCCCAAGCCCUCCUCAAAGUGCUCCAUCCCCAAAUUGGGACCUACUACGACAUGGUCCAGCACCACGAGAGGGUCGUGCUCAAGACGUCGUCGGCCCACAAGCCCAAGCCCGUCGUGCUGCCCACCUCAACAGCGCUUCUCGGAACGCCGCCGACGCAACCGGCCACCAGCAUCCUUCCGAGCCCGAGCACCACCAGUCGGUUCCAACCGCGACCGAGUGCGCCGCCGCGUGCCGAUCCCUACCGCAGCAACGCACCGUCGUCGGCAUCGAUGGCAUCGAGUCAGCAGCACAACCAUGGAAACAACCACAUGAACGAUCGCCGCCCGCCGCCAGUGGCUGUCGCGUCUCGGUAUGGCCAGCGCGACUACGGCAGCAAGUCCGAGACAUCGCCGCACCAAGGAGGACCGUCCGCGCCCAAGCCGCACUACGCGCCACCGAGCAUGUCGGGCUAUGGAGUCUCGCCAUCGUCGUCGUCGUCGUACCGCGGGUACCACGGUGAUACGAAGGCCCACGAAGGCAACGGGGGGUACCAGGCCCCCAAACAGCGAGGCGGCUACGGUGACAUCAAGCGGGAGCCCGUCGAAGACAAGAAGCGCGAGCCCAUCUUUGGCGACGCACCGCCCUACUACGCCGAAGCGCCGCGCGAUGGGUAUGGCCGCCCCGCGCCAUUUGGGUAUCGCCCGUCGCCCCCCCCGGCGCAGUGGCAGCAGACAGCGUCGUACGCACCGCAGUCGGCGUACGCAGCGCAGUCGGCGUAUCCGCCUACGUCCGGGGGUCUCCUGCCCCCGCCGCCGACCCGCCUGACGCCCAGCGCCAACUACGGGAAGGCGUCGCCCAACAAUCCACUGCAACAGCUCAAGUCGGAGCUGCGAAAGUCGCUCCAAUACUAG